AUGUCUUACUCCACGAUCAUGCGAUUGAAAAUGUCGAUCAGAGCCAACAUACUGGCCAUUUCGCAGGCUUUACUUGCGCUAGAAGCAUUGGCAACUACCGCAUCUGCACCCCUCAUUGACUUGGGUUAUGCUCAAUACCAAGGUUCAGUGGACGCAGCUACAAAUACCAUCAGCUUCCUUGGAAUACGGUAUGCAGCACCUCCACUUGGCAACUUGAGAUGGGCGGCUCCGCAGCCUCCACCGACUGUUUCUGGGGUUCAACAAGCUACCACGCAACCAAAUGAAUGUUAUCAAGCGCCCCUGGGCAACGCUUCAACAAAUCCUUUCGAAAGCACCUCUCUGAGCAAGAGGGCUGCCAGUCAGUCAGAAGAUUGCUUAUUUUUGAAUGUAUACACUCCUGGAAGUGAAGUGGUGGUCACUCCGUCGGGUGGGCUCCCAGUAGUCGUUUGGAUUCAUGGAGGAGGGUAUAUUUCAGGAGCUGCGAGUUUGUACAAUGGCGCAGAGUUAAUCAUGGAAUCGGAUCAUGGCGUCAUCACUGUCGUGCUCCAGUACCGCCUCGGUUUAUUUGGUUUUCUUGCUGGACAGGCAGUCAAAGAAGACGGUACCCCCAAUGCUGGACUAUUUGACCAAAAUUACGCUUUACGGUGGGUCCAGGCAUACAUAAGUAGCUUUGGUGGCGACCCCACGAAGGUCACGAUUUGGGGACAGUCUGCUGGCGCCGGUUCUGUGAUACAGCAUGUUGUCGCGCACGGAGGAAACACACAACCUCCCCUCUUCAGAGGUGUCAUGACGAGUUCCACGUACUUGUCUUCGCAAUACAACUAUGACGACCGAAUUCCGGAGAUGCUGUACAGCAUGGUCGUGAACGGAACAAACUGUAGCUCAAGUUCUGAUACCCUGUCUUGUUUGCGCGCUGCAGACGUUAAUACACUGCAACCCUUGAACUCUAACAUCAACCUUGACGGCUUCUUUGGUAUGCUCACAUUCAUCCCCGUUGUGGAUGGCACUUUCAUCGUGGAAAGACCUACGGUAACGCUGAGCAAGGGUCGUCUGAAUGGUAACUACCUGCUUGCCGUAGUGAAUGCGCAUGAGGGGAACAUCCUUGUGGACCAAUCAACGACCCUAGACGUCGCAGAUUAUGUCAGGACAUUGUUCCCGAACUUUGGUCCUGCUCAGAUUGCUGGAGCAGUGAUGGUGUACCAGAACCAGGGAACCAACGUCGACCAGGCGAAUCUUGCGAUGAGUGAAUCAAUGUUCGUUUGCCCAACUUAUUAUAUGCUCAAAGCAUUUGGAGAACGAGCCUGGAAGGGCAAGUUUGCAAUUCCACCUGGUCUGCAUGGCAUUGAUGUUGCAUACUACUUCACUUCAGGUGGUCCCGCAUUCAACAAUUCCCAGUUCAUCACCGCUUUUUUCGAAUUCCUUCCUGGCUAUGGCCAUUCAUGGCGACGUGGUUUCACAGAGAUGAUCUUCAACGAGACAUCUUCAGGAGUGCCUCACGUUUACACUUCCAAGACCGAGAAGGCCGUAUUCGAGCGCUGCGCGUGA